AUUCCUUCCUUGAAGAGUACCCUAUUUCCGAUUGUGAUUUGUGAGUCCCUUGAUAAGGUUGCAGACUGCAGGUGGUGGUUGGUCGUUCGUUGCCGAGGGAAGGACAAAUUAUACCAUAUCCCUCGAUUCCUGGAAAGCCUCUAACUCUCCAUUUCACCAACAACCGCGCUCCUCAGCCGUUCAUCAAUUUUAUUAAACGAAUUUUCGCGAGAUUCAGGAAUCCAUUGUGGUGUCGUUGAAGAGCUAUUGACAUCUCCUUCCAGCACCUCUCCCGUCCAUUGGCGAUUGUGAAGGUUUCUUUGCUUUCUCCAGAAUUUCUGGAGUGAGAGAGACGCUUUGUUGCACGAUUUUGAGGAGAUGCAUUCUGAGUGAUGAACCUUUCUUUUCUUUGUGGUCAUACCUUCUGCAACGAAUACGCCGUUGAUUUGUUUUAUUCAAGCAAGGGAAAUGGCAUCUAGUUAUUUUGCAAGGAAUCUUAAUGGAAUCCGAAAUGGUGUAGGAAGAUUGUCAUCUGGAAUUGGUCAUAGGAUACGGCAUCAGGAAGAUAAUUUAGCUGGCCAAGGCAAUGUAUUGUUUGGCCAGUUGAGGCUUAUUAAUUCUUUCCCAUCCGGAAGAUCUGUGUUGUGUUUUCCAUUGGAGCCUUCAUUUCAAGUUUUUGGACGUUUCUAUAAUACCCUACUAUCAGAACGUUGCCAUGAUUUCAGUAUCAGCUCAGGGAAGGCGUUUAUGGCUGUUUAUGGAUCUGGAUCAGCAGUUUGUGAGUGCAUUAUUACUUCCAGGCAGGCUCGAUCGUUCAUAGCAGGAUGUUAUUCUUGCAGAGAAAGGCGUCCUGGUAAUUUUCUAAAACCUACCAUGAGCUGGAGAAGUGAAGAACAAAUUAAUGGCUUCCGGCUCAAUGGGCGUUCCAUGAACUGUGUUUCCAAGACAAAUCAAAAUGGGAAGCAACUCUGUGGAUAUGGGUUUAAGGGACUGCAUAUCUUGUCAUCUGCAUCUUACUCUACUAGCGCUGCUGGCCAUGUAUCGGUUUAUAACACUACAAGAGAGGAGCAACAAUUGAGCUCUGCAAAUUCACCUGAGCUGAAACUAAAUUCAGGAUCGUAUUAUCUGCCCCAUCCCGACAAAGAAGAAACUGGUGGGGAGGAUGCUCAUUUCAUUUGCUCGGAUGAACAUGCUAUUGGUGUAGCUGAUGGUGUGGGCGGAUGGGCUGAUCUUGGAAUUGAUGCUGGGAAGUAUUCUCGGGAGCUUAUGUUCAAUUCGAUCAAUGCCUUAAAAGAAGAACCGAGGGGCUCUGUAAAUCCAGCUAGGGUACUGGAGAAAGCCUACAGUAGCACACAUGCAAAUGGCUCGUCCACUGCUUGUAUCAUUGCUAUCACCAAUAAGGGUCUACAUGCCAUAAAUUUAGGGGACAGUGGGUUUAUGGUAGUUAGAGAGGGCUGUACAGUUUUCAGAUCUCCGGUUCAGUUGCACGAUUUCAAUUUUACAUAUCAGCUGGAGAGUGGCAAUGCAGGGGAUUUACCGGGCUCUGGACAAGUUUUUACCAUCUCUGUUGCUCCGGGAGAUGUUAUUAUUGCCGGAACUGAUGGCCUCUUUGACAAUUUGUAUAACAAUGAAAUUACUGCACUAGUGGUUCAGGCAGCGAGAGCUGGCUUCGGGCCUCAGGUGACUGCCCAGAAGAUAGCCGAGCUGGCGCAACUUCGCGCACGGGACAAGGACAGGCAAACUCCUUUCUCAAAAGCCGCACAAGAAGCCGGAUUCCGGUAUUAUGGUGGAAAGCUUGAUGACAUCACUGUCAUCGUAUCCUAUGUUACCGAUCACCAUACAGGAAAUGGGAUGUAGUCGAUGCGUAGUAUUCCAACUUGCUGGGCGUCAUUGUUUUCAGGUAAUUCGCGAUCUCUCUUGGCUGGAUUAUCGAUCUUUUUUUUUUUUUGUCGGAGGAGGUUCUUUUGUGUACAUAUAUGUUUCUGCUUGAUCUGAAUGUGUUAUUGGCUACAAAUAAGUAUUAGAACAUAGUGUUUAGAUAAAUGUUGGUAGGAAAAGAAAUGAGAUUGUGAUUCGAUGUUUUGUAAAUAAAAGGAAUAUAGAUGGAUAGAGACGCGUAUACACAACUCCACCCUAUAGAAAAUUUGAUGACAAUUACAUGGAAUAUAAUCACUGGUA